AUGUCAAAUAGAUCAGUUGCUGCAGUGUACCGGGGAUACGGUGCUAUUAUGGAAGAAUGCAGCGCUGCGUUUUCUCUCAAAGCGAGUGCCAGCACCAUUGCCAAGUUUGCUGGGUUCCAUGCUGUGAGCGGAAUUGGGCUUCGAAAGAAUGGUUCUCGUCGGGGUGACUUCGAAGGCGCCCGCACCCACGUCGAGAGCAAUGAGUAUUUCGACUUUGCUGUGGUGCUCAACACUAGAGACUUUGCUUCAUUCGAUGAUCUGACAGAGAAUCAAGUUCACCUGCUCCAAGAUGACUUGAUGCCCAGAUUUCCUCGCUCGAAGAAUAAGAAAUGGGGGUAUUGA